CGAGCGGCAUGGCCUCCAUCAGCUCGGUGACCUGAACCUGAGGGCUGCUCCAGUGUGUUCCCCUCAUCCGCGCGGUCCUCGGUUCCCGCCGGCCUGCAGGGCUCGGGCUCUGAGGAGAAUGGAUCCUCCUUUGGCUGUGUGGGACCUUUCCUCAUCCUUAUUAUCAUUAUGGAUGAACCGGUUUUACAUUUAUCUGGGCUUUGCUCUUGGCAUUACCCUUUGGAUUUGUGUUCAGAUUGUCAUGAAGAAGCAGGCCAACAACUUCCAGGAGAAACAUCUUCCAGGCACAACUCAGGAAUUGAUGGCAAAUGGCCAUCUCUCACUUCAGAAGAAACAGAUCUUUGUAUCUGGGGUGAAGAUUUUCUUUGGCUCCCAGACUGGCACUGCAAAGGGAUUUGCAAGGAUUCUCGCCAAAGCAGUUACUUCCCUCCACCUGCCUGUGGCCAUUAUUGAUUUGAGAGACUAUGACCCAGAUGACCAUCUGGUGGAAGAGAUCACCAGCAAGAAUGUCUGUGCCUUCCUGGUUGCUACAUAUACUGAUGGCCGCCCCACUGAGAGUGCAGAGUGGUUCUGCAGGUGGUUAGAAGAUGCAGCAAGUGACUUUCGUUUUGGCAAAACUCACCUGAAGGGUUUGAGAUACGCAGUGUUUGGCCUGGGAAAUUCUGCCUACUCAAGUCACUUCAACAAGGUGGGGACAAAUGUAGAUAAGUGGCUCUGGAUGCUCGGUGCUCACCGAGUGCUGACUCGAGGGGAGGGUGACUGCAAUGUGGUUCAGAGCAAACACGGCAGCAUCGAAGCUGAUUUCCGAGCUUGGAAGACCAAGUUCAUCUCCCAGCUGCAGGCCCUGUGCAAAGGAGAGAAGAAGAAGUCCUGUGGGGGCAAGUGCAAGAAAGGGAAGUGCGAGUCCAAGCCACGAGGCUCAGGGGAGACACAGCCGGCAUCUGGGGCGCAAGGUGAAUCCCAUCACAGAGAAGCUGAGGAGGAAGAGCCAUGCGAGAGCACCAGUGAGGAUGAUUUUGGUACUGAUGACCACCUGAGCCCAAGUUCUGUGGUUGAUGUUGAGGAUCUUGGUGACAUCAUGAAUCACAUGAGGAAAGAGAAGAGAGAAAAUGAUCAGGACGAGAAAGCUAGUGUGUUAAGGAAUACGGAAAAGAAUGAAGACAACAAAGGACGAGCUAUGAUAACUCCUGCUCUCCGAGAAGCCCUGACUAAGCAAGGUUAUCAGCUGAUUGGGACUCACUCGGGUGUGAAGCUCUGCAGGUGGACAAAGUCGAUGCUCCGGGGGCGAGGAGGCUGCUACAAGCAUACAUUCUACGGCAUCGAGAGUCAUCGCUGCAUGGAGGCUACUCCGAGUUUGGCGUGUGCAAAUAAGUGUGUCUUCUGUUGGCGACACCAUACCAAUCCUGUGGGUACUGAAUGGCGGUGGAAGAUGGACCAGCCGGAAAUGAUCCUAAAAGAGGCCAUUGAAAACCACCAGAACAUGAUUAAUCAGUUUAAAGGAGUACCAGGGGUCCAGUCCACACGCUUUGAAGAAGGGAUGCAGAUCAAGCACUGUGCACUGUCACUUGUAGGAGAACCAAUAAUGUACCCAGAGAUCAACAGGCUUCUGAAGUUACUUCACCAGUGUGGCAUCUCCAGCUUCCUUGUCACCAACGCCCAAUUCCCUGUGGAAAUCAAAAACCUCAUACCGGUGACUCAGCUGUAUGUCAGUGUGGAUGCGAGCACCAAAGACAGCCUGAAGAAAAUUGACCGCCCGCUCUUCAAGGAUUUCUGGCAGAGGUUCCUUGACAGUUUGAAAGCCUUAGCUGCAAAGCAACAGCGGACUGUCUACAGACUGACGCUUGUGAAGAGUUGGAAUGUGGAUGAACUCCAAGCCUAUGCAGAGCUUGUGUCCUUGGGGAACCCUGACUUUAUCGAGGUGAAGGGUGUAACCUACUGUGGAGAAAGUGCAGCCAGCAGUCUUACCAUGGCCAACGUACCCUGGCAUGAGGAAGUGGUGCGAUUCGUCCGCGAACUGGUGACUCUGAUCCCUGACUAUGAAAUUGCAUGUGAACAUGAGCAUUCCAACUGUCUCCUGAUAGCACACAGAAAGUUUAAGAUUGGUGGAGAAUGGUGGACAUGGAUCGAUUACAGUGGCUUCCAGGAACUCAUGCGGCAAUAUGAAGAGAGUGGCGGAUCAAAGACUUUCAGCGCACGGGAUUAUAUGGCCAGGACUCCGCAGUGGGCGCUGUUUGGCGCCAGGGAAAGAGGCUUUGAUCCCAAGGACACAAGAUAUCAGAGAAAGAACAAAGCAAAGGACAUUUCUGGAUGUUGAGCUUAUCUGACUUCAGGAUCCCCAAGGACAAAAGCUGCGUGGCUCCAAGAACAUUCUGAGACUCUCAUCUCUUUGCCAAGGACAAAUCUUCAGAUCACACUUGAGCGUCAAGAGACAAGUGUGUGGUAGGGUUGGGGAGACAGCACCACACUUCAGUGCUGAGACUUGGCUCAGCAUUUCUUAUAAACCCUUUCUUGACUUUAUUUCUGAGAAAGUAGACAAUCGCCAUUGAGUUUUGUGGUUUUGGAUUCUAUUUUAUUUAGUAAAGCUUCCUUGGAUGCUGUUUGUGAGAGGCACAUAAGGAAUAAAUCUUUGCCCCUUUCUCUUGGG